AUGUUGUCCUUCAUCCUGAUCCAAAACCGACAGGGUAAGACUCGCCUCGCCAAGUGGUACGCCCCGUACAGCGACGACGAGAAGAUCAAGCUCAAGGGCGAGGUGCACCGCCUCGUCGCGCCGCGCGACCAAAAGUACCAAUCCAACUUUGUCGAAUUCCGCAACAACAAGGUCAUCUACAGGCGGUACGCCGGCCUCUUCUUCUGCGCGUGCGUCGACACCAACGACAACGAGCUCGCCUACCUCGAGGCCAUACACUUCUUUGUGGAGGUUCUGGAUGCCUUUUUCGGCAACGUCUGCGAGCUUGAUCUCGUUUUCAACUUCUACAAAGUCUACGCGAUCCUGGAUGAGGUGUUCCUGGCGGGCGAAAUCGAGGAGACCAGCAAGCAGGUUGUUUUGACGAGACUGGAGCACCUGGAUAAACUGGAAUAG